AUGAACUCACUUUUCAACUCAGCACUGCGGCAGUCCAACGCAAUCCGCAAAGACCUCGAUGCCUACGCCGAGUCAGCGACAAGCUCGCCCGCCCUUCAAGGACAGCUCACCACAUCCCUCACAUCCUUCAGUCGAACAUUAGACGACUACUCGAGAAGCGCUCAACAAGAGCUGGUCCCAGAGAAAGCGCAAAAGGCACAAGACCGCCUGGCCAACUUCCGCGCCGAACUGCUCGACUACCGCAGUCGCUUCGCCCUCGUCAAAGCAGAGCAUGAGGAAAACCAACACCAGAACAACCGCAAUGAUCUGCUAGGCCACCGUCGUCCACACGGCGCCAACGCCACGCCUGAGAACCCCUACGCAGAUGCCUCGAUGGCGAGUUCCUCCCGCGACGCCGGCGCAAACCCCCUGUUUCGCACACGAGACGGCUUCGUCACCACACCUACAGGCGCAUCGGGCUCAAACCCAUACUCCUCAUACCAAUCACCAUACGCCCUAAGCACAGACUCUGGCGACCAAGCGAGAGAAAACCACGCCCUUCGCGAACAAAACUUCUUCACAUCAACAAAUGCCACCUUGGAUGAGUAUCUAGAAAGAGGUCGCGCUGUGCUUGGUGACUUGGGCGAGCAGAGAGAUAUUCUCAAAAACACUCAGAGGAAAUUGUACAGUGUUGCGAAUACUUUGGGUAUUUCAGGAGACACGAUCCGCAUGGUUGAACGAAGGGCCAAGCAGGACAAGUGGAUUUUCUGGACGGGCGUUGCUAUUUUUGUCAUCUUUGUCUAUUUUGUGCUCAAGUGGUUGCGAUGA